UGCUAUUAUAACUUAAAAAUCUAACAUCCUUUUUGAAAGGAAUGUUUAGUAUUCAAACACGGAUUUAGAUACAAAUGGAAGUUUCAAAAAAAAACUGUCGAUGAGUACUGGUUACUUUGUUCCUUAUAUAUUCGUAUUGUUUCAAUUGACGCAGUUACAUACUUAAUAUAAUUUAAUGUAUUAAUUUUGUAAUAUUUUAUGCAAGUUGUUAGCUUUUCUAUCUCAAUCUGUGUAAUUAACGAAUAUUCAUUCAUAUGAAAUAACUAAAGAUGCGAAUGAUGAAUUUUUUGAAGACGAAUUAAAGUUUUGUUGUCUGGCAGCAUGCUACAUUAAUUUGUAUAAAUAAUUAUUGAGCUUGGCAUCGCUGUCCAAAAUUGUUCUCCCAUUUAUUAUUGAUUUAGGUAAGGAGCAUUUAAAAACUAAAUUUACUAUGACUUCUAAAAAAUUAGAAGAAGGUCGAGAAUUAAUUCGACAAGCAGAGAAAAGCUUAAAGGUUGGAUUAUUAAAGUGGAGACCCGAUUAUGACGUAGCUGCAGAUGAAUACACGAAAGCAGCUACCGCCUUUCGUAUAGCUAAGUCUUUUGAUCAAAGCAAAGAGUGUUUACUAAAGGCAAUUGAUUGUCAUAAAAAUAAUCGAUCUUGGUUUCAUGCCGCAAAAUGCUACGAACAGAUCAUCUUGAUAUUGAAAGAAACCAACAGUUUACUCGAAAUAGAGGAAAAUGUAAAUAAAGCAUGUAAUCUUUAUCAGCAACAUGGAUCACCAGAAGCUGCUGCAACCGCAUUAGACAAAGCUGCUAAAAUUGUCGAGCAAAAACAUCCUGAAAUCGCUUUAACCUUUUAUAAGCACGCUUUGGAAGUUGUAAUGUUAGACGACUCCACACGUCAUGCUGCAGAGUACGCAUCCAAAAUUUCACGUAUUUUGGUAAAAUUAAAUAAAUAUGACCAGGCAGCUGAUGCAAUUAGAAGGGAAAUUGGGUUAAAUCAGCAAACAGAGUCAUAUGGUCAAAUUGGGAGAUUAGCUGUAGCGUUAGUUUUGGUCCAACUUGCUCGUGGUGAUUUUGUUGCAGCAGAGAAGGCUUUUAAGGAAUGGGGUAAUUGUUGUGAUUCGGAUGAAGUUCAAACAUUAGAAAUUCUUUUGCAAGCAUUUGAUGAUGAAGAUCCGGAAUCCGCUAAGCGAGCUUUAGCGGCUCCUUUUAUACGACAUAUGGAUGUUGAAUACAGUAUUCUCGCUCGGGAUAUACCAUUACCACAUGGCAUAGCAACUACGUCAAAAGCCGACGUAAUCAAAGGUGCUGCACCUUCUUAUAUGUCUCCAAAUACUGAGCAAACUGACGAUGGAUUAACAAAACCUAGUGUACCUAACGAUGAUGAGGAUGAAGAAGAAGAGGGAUUGUGUUAGUCAUUAUUAUUAACUAGUUUUAUGGCAGAAACAUAUGUUUGUUUUGGUAUUUAAUAAGGUUAAUAAAAGUUUACUCCCUUAAAAAUGCUUA